AUGGAAAAGUUUUUGAAGUCUGCUCCAGCGUUGCUGGAAGACCCCCGGGAGCUCCCACAACCAGCUUCUGAAAAGCGGGGCUUCGGAGGAGCCAAAAUUGCCACACGAAUCGAACCAUCCCGCUCCGAGCAGUUCCUAUCGUGCCUCGUGAAUUGCCAGCAUUUUCACCAGCUACUAGAGCUGCUUGACUCCGAACCCCUUAGAUUUUUCCACGAAAUCAUGGAAGUUAUAAACACAAAUGAAAGGGGAGAAAUACAGAAUAGUAUUGGUCUACACCAUUCUGACGACAACGAAAAUUCGAUUCAGAUGCUGAGCUCUUUGCUCUCAAAACGUGAGGACAAGGUCCCAACGUAUCGUGUCAAGAAGGCAGCAGUCGAGAUCAAUCAUUCAAGUGUUGAAGAUGAAACUACGGUUGCUCAUAUUUCUUUUUCCAAGUUCCCCACUGAUCUCCUGCAGCAAAUUGUUAUAACCUCGGAAGAAAACCAAGACAGCUCGGAUCAAGCGAAAGGUGUUAAGCAGCUUUCUCUCGAGUAUCUUGUCGAGCUAGAGAAGAACCCAUGGCGCUACCAGAAGCUUUUUAAUUUUGGCGAUGGUGGGAAAGCAGCCGAGUCUUUUGUAUCAAUUCCUGAUAAAGUCAAACUUCGCGAGGCUAUUGGUGAGCGUCGUUACAAUGUUUGGAAACUUUCUCUCGAACGCGAUGGCGACGACAAUAGCACUAUUUCGGAAGGUGGCAGAACUAGAACGGGAAGCCAGUCAUUGAAUUUGGGAAGUCUUUUAAACAACGGUACUGAUGAGAUGACAUCGUCUUUCUCUGCGUCGGCUUCGGUGACUGCACCGCAGGAUUCCAGUCGCGAUGCGUCUCUUAGAAAGCUGGGCUAUACACGAGCGCAAGCACAGAAACUGCAGUCGCAACCAACUACGUCACUGCUCGACUAA